CUUUCAAAUUCCUUCUAGUUUUUGCAGUAUUUAAUUUAGGGUGUCAUACACGUAUGGGUUAAUUAUGAGUAAAUAUGGUUUAAAACAUUAAGCAUGAGCUGGCUUAGAUCGGUGCGUUAGUAACUACGUUAUGCUAAAAGCGUGACAAAAAAUAUCACAGCUGGAGUUGGGUUGUUCAACUUCUGAGUUCUGACAAGACCAAUGUAACAAUUGAAAUAUAAGCAGUAGUUAUGUGAAAACAAGCCUGUAGGAAUUUAACAGGUGGUAAUCGGAAUUAUUUUUAUUUUGUUAUAAAGAAUGAUGGAGUAUUUGCCAGACUCUAACGCCAGAUAUAAAGACGUGGACUACUGGAAUGAGCGCUACCGGACAGAGGAGAGUUUCGAGUGGUUCGGAGAUUUCACCAAAUUUGAGCAUCUGAUCAAAGAGCAUGUAGGGGUGGAAGAAAAUAUUUUGAUAUUGGGUUGUGGGAACAGUGCUCUCAGCUGUGAUAUGCACCAGGCCGGCUACACCUCCAUUACCAACAUAGAUUACUCCAGCGUUUGUGUGGAGACCAUGGCGGAGAAACACCGGAACCGCGCUGAGCUUAGCUGGCUGUGCAUGGACGCCCGUCGUCUGGCCUUCCCCGAUGCCGUGUUCGAUGUUGUUUUGGAAAAGGGAACCCUGGACGCCAUGCUGGUUGAGGAGACUGACCCAUGGAGCGUCUCCAAUGAUGCGGCCCAACUGCUACACCAGGUUCUCCAGGAGGUCAGUCGUGUUUUAAAACCCGGCGGCCGCUUCAUCUCUGUAACGUUCGCUCAGCCACACUUCCGCAAAAGGCUGUACUCUCGGGCGGAGUACGGCUGGUCCAUCAAACACUAUCACUAUGGCAACAGCUUCCACUACUUCCUGUACGUUCUCACCAAAGGGGAGGAGCUUAGUCCGGAGGACGCGGAAAUGGAGAGAAGAAUGCUCGCAGAAGCCGAGGCUCCGCCCUUUGAAGUUAUAUUUCAGGAAGUGGAUUCUGAGGAUUACCUAAAUAACAUUGGGCUAUAGGUCAGAUAAAGGACAGCGUUGAUUUUUUCCGGCUUCAGAAACAACUAAAACAUGCCACAAAAGUUUAAAUACGUUGCCUUCUCAUUCCAAAGUCAUUCCAAGUUCUAUGAUAGCUUUUUAGGACUGCUGUUUACUUUCCCUCCUCCAUCACAAAAAUGGACCAUGAUGACAUAAUUUAUAUUUUUAUGUGAUCUUUUCCUUUAAUAGUCUGCAGGGUAGGACUGAAAGAGGAAUGGAUCAACUAUUAUACAGGGUAGGAUACAUGCAGCAACCUUUGGAGAUGCCGAUCUCUGGUUCUGUUGACCUUAAGGGCAAUAUUUGAAAUUUGCUCAAAAUAAACAGGAAAACGCAGGAACUUCCCAUCUGGAUCAGAACUUUAAACUGUCACUUACAUUUAUAUGCUACACUUGAACUAACUUCUGAAGGUCUGUUCUCUUUUUUUUAACAUUUUAUCAGACAAUUCUUUAAUAUGCAGGCUUGUCUCUGUCUCUAUUUUUCUCAGUGUGAUUGUGUUGAUAGACAUGUCAAGGAUGAGUGCCUGACACUUGCACACUUGUGCAGAGAUAAAUCUGUCACAAACUGCUUCUAAAACAAUAAAUAAGCAAACAGGAAAUAAACAUGAUUAUGACAGACGUACGUACGUGCGUGCGUGUGUUCUUCAGGAUGAGGAAUGGCUGCCGUGAAUUGAAGGAGGCCAUUAAUAAACUAGAAAUCAUUUAUUUUUAAUUUCGCUCUGAAAUGUAAUUACUGUCUAUUUUUAAGACUCUAGGAAGGUGGCUGACUUCCUGCGCUCCGGUGUGAACAGAUAAAAGUCAGAAUCUCUCGCUGUGAUUUUCAGUAUAGAGAGAAGAGUCCUUCUUGAUUCCUGUGUUUCAGGUGAGACCCAAACAUAGUGUAGAUGGAAACUAUGUGACAUUUGUUAUAAUCACGGAAACCAGAUGACUGUGAUCAUGUAUGUUGAAAAAACCUUUGUCUUACAGUGUAAGAUUGGGUUUCAUAAUACUGUGUUUGCAUCUGUACAUGUGAGUGUAAAAUUCGCCAUCACUUCUGUUGUAGAUGUUUUAGCACAUUGUUAUGCUAGGGUGGUCUUAUUGACCCAGAUCUGUAAACCCACCCUGAUGUUCCUAUGAUAUUCUUGUGCUGAUAAGUCUCCUUCAAUGUAAGUCUAUAGGAAUCCUUAUCAAUUUUAUCAUCUGUCAGGCAAAAUCAUAAUACUGAUAAUAUUGACUUUGUAAGUGGCAUAAUAGCAGUGGCUCACGCUGCGUGGAAUUAAAUGUGUGACCUCUGAAAGCUGAUGAUGUAGUCACAGGUCUUUCCCCUUCACUGACGUUCUAUGCAAUGACGUCAGGGCAGGGCUGGUGUCAGAUGACUGCUGAUAUCAGGUGACCCGCAGGUAUCGGGUGCGGAUUUAUCCUGCGAUCGUAUCCUCUCCCCCCGCACUGGCACGGUGCGCUACACGGGGGCUCUUCAGGAACCUUGUGCACCUUAAACACCAGAUUGUCUUGACAGAAGACCCUGAUUACUUAAUGCUGGUUAAUUUCUCAAAUUUAUAAAUUCAAACCCCAUAUUUAUGUAUGCAAAAGACGUCAAUGUCAAUAUUAAUAUUAUGAACUACUAUUAAUUUAAAUAUGUUGAUAUCUGAGUUUACUUGAAUUGUGAUGUCACCUAGCACACGUCAUUAUACAUGCCUACCUGCUUGAAUUCUGCAGAUGGAUUUUUUCAUGAAUAAAACUUGUCAUCUGUUUAGAAAUGAUCAUUUGAUCCUUUCAUGGCUGAGAUCGAGAUGCUGUCUCUUCAGCUAAGUUCUCAUUGGUCCAACUUCCCAUUCUCUUGUCUCUGUAAUGGACAAAUGUGUUAAGCUGGGUGCAGGGCAGGACAGACCAUUACAUCAUCAUCCUGAGGCGGCAGCCACUCAGGCCCGUAUUGAUAGUGGACAUGUAAACCCGCUACCCAGGAAGCUCUUCUGACAACACUAUGGUCAACAUUUCAUUAAGUGAGGCUUUUAUUUCUGGCCUGGUUAUAAAUAAAGAUGUUAUGGAAAAUUACAGAUGUAUAUGCUGUCAUGACCCAACCUCACUCCCUCACUCCCUAAAGCCUAACCCUAAAAUGCUCUGACAUGUUAAUUCACGUUGAUCAUUUGGGCACCAUAAGCAUGAAUUUGGUUCUUAACAUCUUGCCACACAAUAUUCACAAACGUAGCCAAAAUGUCAAACAUUUCAACAUAUACAUUUAGGGCCAUAAAUGUUUGGACAGAGGCACAUUUUUUGUUAUUUUGGCUGUUUACCAAAAUAUAUUCAAGUUACAGUUAUAUAAUGGAUUUUAUCCUAAAGUGCACACUCGGCUUUAUUUAGAGUGUAUUCAUAUCCAAAUUAAGCCCAUAUCUGUCCAUAAAACAGCUUUUGAUUCGAUUGUCCAAUUACUUCUGGUCCCUUGAAAAAGGGGGAGCUACAUACUAAAGAGCUGUAAUUCCUAAACCCUUCAGCCAAUUUGGAUGUGAAUAUACACUAAAUAAAGCUGAGAACUUAAGACAAUAUUCAUUAUAUGACUGUAACUUGAAUAUAUUUUGGUAAAUGGCUAAAAUAACAAAAAAUGUGCCUCUGUCCAAAUAUUUAUGGGCCCAACUGUACAAGAUUUUAAGCGAUUGCAUAUUGUCGUAUACUUGAAUGGGCUUUAUACAAGCCAUAUCAAACAAUCCUAGUUUGACAGUAAAGUAGACCCUUUUCAUGUGCUCCAUCAAGAAUUUGAACUACUACUGUCUGGUCAUCGUUUUCGUACUCCAAGGUUCAGAUACAACAGUUAUAAAAACUUGUUCCUCUGGCUAUAAGGUUGUUGAACUCAAAUGCAAAGAAUGGGACUGUGUGAUGGUUAUUGUUUAUGGAUGAUUGUUAUUUAUGUUGGAACUUGUUUGUACAGUUUUACCUGUAUUGCCCAAAACAAAUUUCUCUUAAAGGAACUAAUAAGGUAAUAAUAAUAAUAAUAAUAAAAGUAAAAUGUACAAUUUACUGUGAGAAAAUAUAUGUAACAGUCUCUAAUGAGAGAGACCAAAGCUGAAUAAAAUCAAGGACAAUGCUCUUU